AUGAAGGAUCCAGAGCCUGCCAAGACAUCGAAUGAUGAUCCGAAGCCGGAUACCGACAAGGUGAAAGAUAAUUCAAAGGAGGACACUGACAAGGAGAAGGAGAAGGAGAAGGAGAAGGAUAAUCCAAAGGAGAAGGAGAAGGAUAAUGCGAAGGAGAAGGAGAAGGAGAAGGAUAAUCCAAAGGAGAAGGAGAAGGAGAAGCAGGAGAGCUGCGCUGGGGUAACCAAAAUCAAAACAUGUGCGGUCAAGGAUGUGGCGGUUGCUUGCAUUAAGAGCUUCAGUAGUGGGUCCAAAGAAGUGGCCAUUCUGGUUCAAAACGUAGGAAACAGCACUUUGAAGGCAACCCUUUCUGCCAAUGGUAUCAGCAAGCACCUAGAGAUUCACAAACACCAAAACGGAAAGGUCAAUAUAUCAAUUGAUCCGGGUAAAGGCACCAAUAUAACAUUAAAUGCUGGAACCGGAGAAUGUAAGCUUCACAUAGAUCCUCCCCCUCGGGCGUUUCCUUCUCUCAAGACCAUAGCGACCCCAAUCAAUGGUGCCUACAUCUUGAUUGUUGCAGUGCUAACUUUUGGAGGAAUGUGGGCUUGCUGCUUGAUCAGGAAGAGGAAAGAGCGUACUGGAGAUGGAGUUCCAUAUCAGGAACUUGAAAUGGGAUUGCCGGAAUCUGUUCCAGCAUCUGCCGUGGAAACGGCUGAAGGUUGGGAUGAAGGUUGGGAUGAUGACUGGGACGGAGAAAAUGCGGUGAAAACACCUGGGGCGCAUCUGGGAAGCAUCUCUGUGAAUGGCCUCACAUCGAGGGCUGCAAACAAAGAUGGGUGGAAUGAUUAGUUAGUUUAGAACAGCCAAAAGGGUGUCCAGAGUAGAGUUUGCCCAAAAGAAGGUAAGACCGAUGAUCACAGAACAAAAUAGGAUCGAGAUACAGAAUGUAAAACCUUUAUUGACAAACUGCGUCGUUGAAACAAGCGGUUUUCGUGUAAUAGUGAAUUCCCAGAAAUUAGGUCUGUAUAAAUGAUUCAUUUUUACUGUAACUGCAACCUUGAAAUGUUUACGUGACUCGUUCUAUAAGCAAAUACAACUAUACCAGUUCAAGAAA